GUGGAACACCCGCGGUGGGGAGGUCUGUUUGUAGCUUUCAUCUCCUCAGAUCAGACAUGAUGCGAACUAAAGCGGAUAGUGUGCCAAGCACCUACAGAAAAGUGGUGGCUUCUCGGGCCCCCAGGGAGGUGCUGGGUUCUUCCAACUCUGCCACUAAUUCUGCAUCGCUGUCACCGAGGAAAGCUGAAAAUAAGUAUGCAGGAGGGAAUCCAGUUUGUGUGUGCCCAAAUGCCAAGUGGCAAAAAGGAAUUGGAGAAUUCUUCAGGCUGUCCCCUAAAGAUUCUGAAAAAGAGAAUCGGAUUGCUGAAGAGGCUGGAACCAGUGGCCUAGGGAAGGCAAAGAGAAAACCAUGUCCUUUGCAAUCCGAUGACACAGAUGAUGAAAACGAAUAGAACUUCCUUGUUCAUCUUUGAAUAAUGUCUCUGGUUUACUCUGGUAUUCUAGGAUGUAAAUUUGCAUAGAAGUGUUUGUUCCAAUUAUCUUUGUUGAAUAGGCAUUUAAUUUAAAAAAUGAGGCUAAAAUUUAGUUGUUCAAAAGCAAAUAGUUCUGAAAUUGGAGAAUCUGUAAGGUUAUCUUAGCUUAAUAUUCAAUAGACUGCAGUAUUUUGUUCCUCCUGUUAUUAAGCUUAU